CUCCUCCUCCUCUCCACCUCCUCCUCCUCCUCCUCCUCCUCCUCCUCCUCCUCCUCCUCCGAGCGGUCUCGGCGCGCGCGAAUGCGCGGCCCCGCGCGCGCUCCCCCGGCGCGCUCACGCGCACACACACAUCGUCUCCAGCUCUCUGCUCGCUCUGCUCGCAGUCACAGACACUUGAGCACACGCGUACACCCAGACAUCUUCGGGCUGCUAUUGGAUUGACUUUGAAGGUUCUGUGUGGGUCGCCGCGGCUGCAUGUUUGAAUUAGGUGGAGAAGCACUUUCAGGCUGGACGAAGUAAAGAUCUUGUUAUUUUUUUUUUUCUCUCUCUCUCCCUUAAGAAAGGAAAAUUUCCCAAGGACUAAUCUGAUCUGGUCUUCCUUCAUCAGGAACGAAUGCAGGAAUUUGAGAACUGAGCAGUGCAAGUGCUGAAGAAGGAGACUUGUUUGGAGGAAAGAGGAAAGAGAAAGAAAAGGAAGGAAAAAAUACAUAAUUUCAGGGACGAGAGAGAGAAGAAAAACGGGGACUAUGGGGAGAAAAAAGAUUCAGAUUACGAGGAUUAUGGAUGAACGUAACAGACAGGUGACAUUUACGAAGAGGAAAUUCGGGCUGAUGAAGAAGGCUUAUGAGCUGAGCGUGCUGUGCGACUGUGAGAUCGCGCUCAUCAUCUUCAACAGCACCAACAAGCUGUUCCAGUACGCCAGCACGGACAUGGACAAGGUGCUGCUCAAGUACACGGAGUACAACGAGCCGCACGAGAGCCGGACGAACUCGGACAUCGUGGAGACAUUGAGAAAGAAGGGCCUUAAUGGGUGUGACAGCCCAGAUCCUGAUGCAGACGAUUCAGUAGGUCACAGCCCUGAGUCUGAGGACAAGUACAGGAAAAUUAACGAAGAUAUUGAUCUAAUGAUCAGCAGGCAAAGAUUGUGUGCUUUGAACAAGAAAGAAAACAAAGGCUGUGAAAGCCCCGAUCCCGACUCCUCUUAUGCACUCACCCCACGCACUGAAGAAAAAUACAAAAAAAUUAAUGAAGAAUUUGAUAAUAUGAUCAAGAGUCAUAAAAUUCCUGCUGUUCCACCUCCCAACUUUGAGAUGCCAGUCUCCAUCCCAGUGUCAAGUCACAACAGUUUGGUAUACAGCAACCCCGUCAGCUCACUGGGAAACCCCAACCUUUUGCCACUGGCCCACCCUUCUCUGCAGAGGAAUAGUAUGUCUCCUGGUGUAACACAUCGACCUCCAAGUGCAGGUAACACAGGUGGUCUGAUGGGCGGAGACCUCACAUCCGGUGCAGGCACCAGUGCAGGGAAUGGGUAUGGCAAUCCCCGAAACUCACCAGGUCUGCUGGUCUCUCCUGGGAACCUGAACAAGAACAUGCAAGCAAAAUCUCCUCCCCCCAUGAAUUUAGGGAUGAAUAAUCGUAAACCAGACCUUCGAGUUCUUAUCCCACCAGGCAGCAAGAAUACAAUGCCAUCAGUGUCUGAGGAUGUCGACCUGCUUUUGAAUCAAAGGAUAAAUAACUCCCAGUCUGCUCAGUCAUUGGCUACCCCAGUGGUUUCCGUAGCAACUCCUACUUUACCAGGACAAGGGAUGGGAGGAUAUCCAUCAGCCAUUUCAACAACAUAUGGUACUGAGUACUCUCUGAGUAGCGCAGACCUGUCAUCUCUGUCUGGGUUUAACACCGCCAGCGCGCUGCAUCUGGGGUCUGUAACUGGCUGGCAGCAGCAGCAUCUACAUAACAUGCCACCGUCCGCCCUCAGUCAGCUGGGAGCUUGCACUAGCACUCAUUUAUCUCAGAGUUCAAAUCUCUCCCUGCCUUCUACUCAAAGCCUCAACAUCAAGUCAGAACCUGUUUCUCCUCCUAGAGACCGUACCACCACCCCUUCGAGAUACCCACAACACACGCGCCACGAGGCGGGGAGAUCUCCUGUUGACAGCUUGAGCAGCUGUAGCAGUUCCUACGACGGGAGCGACCGAGAGGAUCACCGGAACGAAUUCCACUCCCCCAUUGGACUCACCAGACCUUCGCCGGACGAAAGGGAAAGUCCCUCAGUCAAGCGCAUGCGACUCUCUGAAGGAUGGGCAACAUGAUCAGAUUAUUACUUAAUAGUUUUUUUUUUCUUGCAGUGUGUGUGUGUGCUAUACCUUAAUGGGGAAGGGGGGUCGAUAUGCAUUAUAUGUGCUGUGUGUGGAAAAAAAAAAGUCAGGUACUCUGUUUUGUAAAAGUACUUUUCAAUUGCCUCAGUGAUACAGUAUAAAGAUAAACAGAAAUGCUGAGAUAAGCUUAGCACUUGAGUUGUACAACAGAACACUUGUACAAAAUAGAUUUUAAGGCUAACUUCUUUUCACUGUUGUGCUCCUUUGCAAAAUGUAUGUUACAAUAGAUAGUGUCAUGUUGCAGGUUCAACGUUAUUUACAUGUAAAUAGACAAAAGGAAACAUUUGCCAAAAGCGGCAGAUCUUUACUGAAAGAGAGAGCAGCUGUUAUGCAACAUAUAGAAAAAAAAUGUAUAGAUGUUUUGGACAGACCCGGCAAAAGGUGACCAAUUGGUAAAUGUUAGGAACACAGCCAGGUCACCUAGCACCUAACCGAGAAUGCUCACAAACCUACAGGCAUAUCAUUGGCGUAUGGCACUCAUUCAAAAGGAUCAACCACCAUUCAAAGAGGACCAUACCUAUUUUUAAAAAAAGUGGAGUUUGAGGGCUAACAUAUUUAAUUAAAUAAAUAAAUCUGGGUCUGCAUCUCUUAUUAAAUAAAAUAUAAAAAUAUGUACAUUACAUUUUGCUUAUUUUCAUAUAAAAGGUAAGACAGAGUUUGCAAAGCAUUUGUGGCUUUUUGUAGUUUACUUAAGCCAAAAUGUGUUUUUCCCCCUUGAUAGCUUCGCUAAUAUUUUAAACAGUCCUGUAAAAAACCAAAAAGGACUUUUUGUAUAGAAAGCACUACCCUAAGCCAUGAAAAAUUCCAUGCUUUGCUAACCAAGAUAACUGUUUUCUCUUUGUAGAAGUUUUGUUUUUGAAAUGUGUAUUUCUAAUUAUAUAAAAUAUUAAGAAUCUUUUAAAAAAUCUGUGAAAUUAACAUGCUUGUGUAUAGCUUUCUAAUAUAUAUAAUAUUAUGGUAAUAGCAGAAGUUUUGUUAUCUUAAUAGCGGGAGGGGGGUAUAUUUGUGCGGUUGCACAUUUGAGUAACUAUUUUCUUUCUGUUUUCUUUUACUCUGCAUACAUUUUUAAAGAUUAAGGUCAGCUGUCAAAAGGAUAACCUGUGGGAUUAGAACAUAUCACAUUGCAACACCCUAAAUUGUAUUUAAUACAUUCGCAAUGUAUUGGGUCAACUGACAUCCAUUGUAUAUACUAAUUAGUUUCUUUCAUGCUAUUUUUGUUUUUGCAUUUUUAUCAAAUGCAGGGCCCCUUUCUGAUCUCACCAUUUCACCAUGCAUCUUGGAAUUCAGUAAGUGCAUACUCUAACUUGCCCGUAUCCUAAAUCAUCUGGUUGGUUUUCAGCCUAGAACUUGAUAUGCUUCUAAGAAAUAUGCCCAGAAUAGAGAAGCUGUGUUGGGGCCACAUGUCCUGCAAAUAUCACCCUAGAAACAAGUGAUAUGGAAUGUACUCGAUGCAUAAUUUUAAAUUCCCACAGAAGAAAAAUGUGAAAGAUGGGUUGCUAGACAAGAAGGAAGCAGGUAAAGGGAUAGUUGCUUCAUCGUCCAUUUUUAUUUCUUUUCUAUACUGACCCUUAACAAUCUUGUCAGCAAUAUAGGACUGUUGGACAAUCCCGGUGUGUCAGGACCCCCAAAUGUCACUUCUGCAUAAAGCAUGUAUGUCAUCUAUUUUUUUUCUUCAAUAAAGAGAUUGAAUAGCCAUUUCAAGAAAUCCCAUUAAAGAA